AAAGUAAUUUUCCUAUUUUUAUUACGCAACAAGAUUAUUGUAAAUUCAACAACGCAAGGACGGCACCAUUACCAUUUCAAAAUCUAGAGUUCUCUGUUCUGUUAUUAUUGAAUCAUCAAAGUGUAGCCAUUGUUGAAAAUAUUUAACAACUUUCUCCCUCAAGAUUCAUCAAAUGAUUAAGCUCCUAUAAUUCUCCUACGUCAAGUCAAAAUACCUUCAUAAACACCUUCUUUAAACUCCACCCCCAUUUUUUCACCAAACAUUUCAGAAAGAGACUCACACACACUUGCAACCCCACCUUCCUCUUCAAGGACACUAAUUUAAUUCACCACUUUAUCUACUUUGUACCUCACUUUUCUAACUCUCAGCACAAAGUUAGUUUGAAAAGGAAUCCUACCAACACCCCAUUUACCUUGGACUAUCCAACUUAACUUACUUCCACUUUUGUCCAUUCUCAUACCUCAAACUAAGCAAAAACAGAGUCCUCUGUUACACUCUGUUUCACUCUGUUUCACUCUGUUUUCUUUUCUCCCUCUAUAUAUUCUACCCCUCUUUCUUUACGUUAACCAACUUUCCAGGUUCAUGUCUUCCACAAAGAAAAGCCUUCUCAGAACCGUGUUCACAGCAAACGGAAGCUGUGGUUGUAGCAAAUCAAAAGCCUCUGAAGUGCAUGAACCGACUCCCAAACCCAAAAUCUCUCGUAACACUCAUCAAAAGCCAAACAACCUUAGCAGUAAGGCCUCUUCCACCACUUCAAUGGAACACGUAGAUGAAGAAGAGUUCACCUCGACCACAGUAUCCGAAUCCGAGACUCUUCAUGAUCCCAACAACAUCAACAACAACGACAACGUUGGACUCAAACGAAGCCCUCUUGUGGACAGUGUGGCCAUCGAGAAGGACUCUUCCAACCCGUAUCAUGAUUUCCGACACUCCAUGCUCCAAAUGAUCUUUGAGAAAGAGAUCGAGUCCGAGGACGAUCUUCAAGAUCUUCUGCAGUGCUUUCUUCACCUGAAUGCACCAUGUCACCACCACGUCAUCGUCAAAGCCUUCAACGCCAUCUGCGAAGAAGCUUUUCCUCGCAACGUUCGCACCACUCCGGCUGCGUCUGAACCUUCUCCCUCUCGCCGGAGCCCUCGCCGGAGCCCCCUUCAAAAGAGCAAGUGAUCAUGACCACACCGGAGUGAGAAAGAGUAAAUCUAGAUGACAGAUUAAAAGUUAUUUAAUGAUUAUUGGAUUCAAAAGCAGAACUGUUUCCGAAAGUUACUCUCGUGAAAACUUUCCACUUUGUAUCCAAUAGACUUCAUAGUUCUUAAGAAAGUUACAUGAUUUGUGAUUUAA